CCCAGUCCCUGUAGCAAGAAAUAGAUACACAAACACAAUCUUUAUUCUCUUUUAUUUACAAAAGCUAAAUAACAAGUCCCUUGUUAUAAUGCUUCUUAUCCUUUAGCUUGGCUUUUCUCUGUUUCUCAGGUACGCUGAUGCUCUCAGUUUUUAGGUUCUUCGUUUAAUCAUUUAGAUCCCUUUUUUUAUAGCCCUUUCAAUUAAGAUUAGCACCUAGAAUUAUGGGUUGUCAAUAAUUCUUAGACCUUCGAUCUGUUUUGCUUUUAAAAUUUGGUCCUGUCCUGUUUCUGCUCUAAUCUCUGUCUCUGCUAGCUCCAACUAGUGUUGCUUGUUAAUUGGGUAAAAGAUGAAGAUCCCAUUUUGAUUGGUUUUUGGGUAUUUUGAUGUAUCUACGUGUUGAUUAAAAGUUUGGCUUUCUGGGAUACAAUUCUGUAGUGUUCCAACUUUGCUUUAGAUUAUUUGUAAGACAGUUCAAUUUUGGAUAUGCAAAAAUUUAUGGGUAUUUUGAUGUUUCUUGACGACUUAAGUGACUAAAGUUUAGGUUUUUGCUUUGCAAAAUUGGAGCUUUUGUUCUCUGUACUUAAACAGCUCAUAGUUGAGUUAGUGGAGAACAAUCAGUUCAUAUUUUGGAUUUUGAUUGGUUAGGGUUAGGGUUAGGGUUAGGGUUAGGUUAGAGUUUUAUAGAUGGGAACAGAUUCGCGUUUUUCUGGAAUCUCCGAUUUCAAAUUUGAGGAUGAUAUUGUUUUCCCUGAUUCAGAUCAGCAUCCAAACUCUAUUAACGGGUUCAAAUUCAAAGACACCCCUUUUGAUAUAGACUUCAACUUUGUAGACAGUUCACUUGUUUUGCCUGACCUAGACACCAGUAAGGCUUCUCAUUCAUCCAUCACUACCACAGAUGGAGACUCACCUUCCGAUGAUAAUGAUUUCUCAGAGACUGUCCUAAAUUACAUAAGCCAGAUGCUUAUGGAGGAGGACAUGGAAGAGAAACCGUGCAUGUUUCAUGAUCCUUUGGCUCUUCAAGCUGCAGAGAAAUCUCUAUAUGAUGUUCUUGGUGAGAAGAACCUGUCUUCACCCAAUCAAUCCUCUUCCUAUGCUGACCAAUUUUUGGUUGAUAGCCCAGAUGAUAGGAUUUUGAGCGGUUUCAGUGAUUAUAGUAGGAAUAGCAGUUCUGGUUAUAAUACUGGCAGUUCUGUUGAACAACGAUGUAAUGGUGAAUUUGGGGAAUUUAAACCAUCGUUUAUGCAAACACCUCUUCCCACUAAUUUCAUUUUCCAAUCGGUUGCAAACUCCAGUUCACAAGAGCCAAUCAAAUUGCAAAAUGGGUUAGCAAGAAAUGAUAAUGAUGUGAUGGGUUCCUCUAUUGGUAUGAUUAUGUUGCCAAAUUGGUUCAGCGAGAAUGAAUUGGCAUUGCAGUUCCAGAAAGGUGUAGAGGAAGCUAAUAAGUUCCUUCCUAAGGGCAAUCAACUGCUUAUUGAUUUGGAGGCUGUAUCGAUGCCAAAGUUGAAGGAAAAAGAUACAAAGGUGGCAGUGAAGGUAGAGAAGGAGGAUAGGGAAUACUUGCCUAAUAUGAUUAAAGGAAAGAAGAAUCAUGAUCGAGAGGAAGAAGAUUUGCAGGAAGAAAGGAGCAACAAACAGUCUGCAGUUUAUGCAGACGAAAGCGAGCUAGCAGAUAUGUUUGAUAAGGUGUUAGUAUGCACUGGGGAAGAAUGUGGACCUCCUGCAUGUAUUCUUAAUGACACUUUGCAGAGUGGAUCAAGAAAGACAUUGCAUCAGAAUGGACAAACAAAUGGAUCUAACUCUAAUGGUGGUGGCAAGAAUCGGGUUAAGAGACAAGGAAAUAAGAAGGAAGUGGUUGAUUUGAGGACCCUUCUGAUUCUAUGUGCACAAGCAGUGUCUGCUGAUGAUCGCCGGACCGCUAAUGAACUACUAAAGCAGAUAAGGCAGCAUUCUUCGCCUUUUGGUGAUGGGUCUCAAAGAUUAGCUCAUUGCUUUGCCAAUGGCCUCGAAGCACGUUUGGCUGGGACAGGAACCCAGAACUAUACUGCCUUGUCUUCUGAAAAAGCUUCAGCUGCAGAUAUGUUGAAAGCUUACCAAGCUUACAUUUCUGCCUGUCCAUUUAAGAAGAUUGCAAUCAUCUUUGCAAACCAUAGUAUUCUGGCUGCUUCAAAGAAUGCAACAACACUUCAUAUAAUAGACUUUGGUAUAUUAUAUGGUUUCCAGUGGCCUGCUCUCAUUUAUCGCCUCUCAAAAAGAGCUGAUGGGCCUCCCAAGCUGCGAAUUACAGGGAUAGAGCUUCCACAAAGUGGUUUCCGGCCUGCAGAGAGAGUUCAGGAGACUGGCCGCCGCUUGGCAAAAUACUGUGAGCGCCAUAAUGUUCCGUUCGAGUACAAUGCCAUAGCAAAGAAAUGGGAAACUAUCCAAAUUGAUGACCUCAAGAUUAAUGGUGGUGAAGUUGUUGCUGUGAAUUGUCUUUUCCGAUUUAAGAACCUGCUUGAUGAGACAGUUGUGGUUAACAGUCCCAGGAACACUGUUCUAAACUUAAUCAGCAAGAUAAAUCCAGAUAUAUUUAUCCAUGCCAUUGUUAAUGGGUCCUAUAGUGCUCCAUUUUUUGUCACAAGGUUCCGGGAGGCUCUUUUCCACUUCUCUGCAUUGUUUGAUAUGUUUGAUACUAAUAUGCCUCGUGAAGAUCAAAUGAGGUUGAAGUUUGAGAAAGAGUUCUAUGGUCGGGAAGCUUUGAAUGUCAUAGCAUGUGAGGGCUCGGGAAGGGUAGAGAGACCCGAGACAUACAAGCAAUGGCAGAUUCGAAACGCGAGAGCUGGGUUGAAACAACUUCCUUUGGACCCUCAACUCCUGAACAAAUUGAAGUGUAGGGUGAAGACACGGUACCAUGAAGAUUUCGUGGUAGAUCGAGAUGGCCAAUGGAUGCUGCAGGGAUGGAAGGGACGGAUUCUUUAUGCGUCCAGUGCCUGGGUUCCUGGAUAGGAACAACAUAGUUUGUUUCUGAGGGAAUGGCUCCAGCAGCGGUUAGGCAGUAUUAUUUUCUUAGUUGAAGCUGCCUAAGAUGAAGAGAGCCAGAAGUGGACCUGGUAUCUCUAUUUGAUUGUACUAAUAGAACCUUUAAUGUUAUAACUCCAUAGGUGGCAUGUUAUAUAAUUAGCCAGAGCCCUUUGCUCAUGGAUGUGAUUAUUAUGUUGUCAAUAUAAUCAUGUUGCUUUUUA